AUGGAUUUCACAGAAGCUAAGCUAAACUAAACUAAACUAAGCUAAGCUAAGCUAAGCUGCGCUAAAGUGAAGUCGCAGUGACGUUACAGUGACCGGUAACGGACAGUCCUCGCGGAUACCCUCAGUGUGAACAGUGUGCAACCUCUGAGCCGGAGACACUUCAGAACUUCCGGGUCACGAAGCUCCGCGUAGGCGCGUCGUUCGUUUCCUCCGAAGUCAAUAUGUCCGAUGAGGAGGAUGUGGCUCCGGCCGUGAAGAAGAGCAGAGUUUUCUAUGGAAGCCUGGAGGAGAAAGAGCGGGAGCGUCUGAGCGCUAAUGUGGCAAGCAGCACAGCAACAGGAAGCGAUGCAGUCAGGGCGGGAAUUGAGGCGGGAAACAUCAACAUCUCAUCAGGGGAGACUCUGGAGAUUGAAGAGCGGGUCAGUGAGCGGCAGCAGGAAGCGCUUGCUGAGUUUGAGCGACGGCGACGAGCCCGACAGAUCACCGUGUCCACUGAUGACGCUGAGGUGAAAGCUGGCCUCCGUGCGCUCGGGGAGCCAAUCACGUUGUUUGGAGAGGGACCAGCUGACCGCCGCGAAAGGCUGCGCAGCGUGCUGUCCGUGGUCGGUCCAGAUGCUCUGAAGAAAUCCAGGAAGGACGAAGAGCGAGCGAAGAGGUCGCAGGAUGAGUGCCAGCAGACAUGGUACCACGAAGGCUCCCCCUCCCUAAAGGAUGCUCGGCUCUGGUUGGCCAGAUAUUCUCUUCCCCGAGCAAUGAGGCGCCUGGAGGCUGCACGCGCUCAGAAGGAAGUUACCGAGGCAACCAAAACAAUCCGACAACAAGAGCUGCACAAGAGCCUGAGGAAUCUGAACAACUUCUGCAGUCAGAUUGGGGACGAUCGACCAAUCAGCUUCUGUCACUUCAGCCCCGAUUCCAAAAUGCUGGCUACAGCCUCCUGGAGCGGUCUGUGUAAGCUAUGGUCCGUCCCCGACUGCAACCUGAUUCGGACACUCCGAGGUCACAACACCAAUGUGGGCGCCGUCGUCUUCCGCCCCCAGGCCGGAGUUUCUCUUAGCCAAUCAGAUGUCAGCUUGGCCUCGUGUGCCGCUGACGGCACAGUGAAGCUGUGGAACCUGGAAAGUGAUGAGCCAGUGGCAGACAUUGAAGGUCACAGCGAGCGAGUUUCUCGGGUGUCUUGGCAUCCAUCAGGACGGUUCCUGGGAACAACCUGCUACGAUUACUCGUGGCGUCUCUGGGAUCUGGAGGUUCAGGAGGAAAUCCUCCAUCAGGAAGGUCACAGCAAAGGUGUCCACGACCUGACCUUUCACCCUGAUGGUUCUCUGGCUGCUACAGGAGGCCUGGAUGCGUUUGGCAGGGUGUGGGACCUCCGGACGGGACGCUGCGUGGUGUUCCUCGAGGGUCACCUGAAGGAGAUCUACAGCCUGCACUUUUCCCCCAACGGGUAUCAUCUGGCAACAGGAAGUGGAGACAACACCUGUAAGGUCUGGGAGCUGAGAAACCGGAAGUGUCUUUACACAGUCCCCGCCCACCAGAACCUGCUGUCUGCUGUCCGCUUUCAACCUACAGACGGGCACUUCCUUUUAACGGGUGCGUACGACAACACGGCGAAGGUCUGGAGUCAUCCGGGUUGGAUGCCGCUGAAGACACUUGCCGGGCACGAGGGCAAGGUGAUGGGCGUCGACAUGUCACCUGAUGGGAAACUCAUCGCCACCUGUUCCUACGAUCGGACCUUCAAACUGUGGCUGUCGGAGUGAUGUCAUUAGUGAAAUUAUGAGUUAUAUCAUCCUGACAGUAAUCUACUGUUUUAUUUUUCAGUAAAAUAUUUUGUUUUCAGUUUUUGGAAUUAAAAAAAAAAAGUCAUUUUAAAAA